CCCGAGAGAGGUGAGCUUUGCUGUCAAAACUGGAGCUGUCCAGCGAGCUGUUGGUGCUGAAGUUAGGAUUGGGACCGACGUUUUGCCUCUAGAAAGAUUUCGUUAUCUUAAAAGGAAUUAACAACCCGAUUUACUUCACUCACAGUCACACCGUUUCUAUCAGAUGUAAAAGACUGGAUUGGAUCAAUCUCACAUUGAUAAAUUGCUGCUUUAAAACUGUGCUUUUCAACUCCCUGGAGAAAGUCUUUUGUUGGAAUACUUUGUGACGGACUAUCAGGAAAUACCAAUGAGGACACUUAAGUGGUGGUCAGCAAUUUUAUUGCUUGGAGUUGCCUUACUGGUAAUAGAUGGAAGGCCAAGCAAGGAUGGAUUUGACCCGAAACCCUAUCAGCCUCUAGUGAGAUUACGACACAAGCAAGAUGAAAGUGCAGAAAAAUUACGAAUUAAAGGGUACUUCGGUCAGGAUGGCCAUUUUGGAGGCUGUGAGAAUAAGUACUGUGGUUUGGGGCGACACUGUAUUGUUAACAUGGAGACUGGACUGGGCGAGUGUGCCUGCAUGGAACGCUGCAAACCCCAUUAUAAACCAGUCUGUGGUUCAGAUGGGGAACUCUAUGAAAACCACUGCGAGCUUCAUCGUGCUGCCUGUCUAAAGAAGCAAAAGAUCACUGUUAUUCACAGCGAAGACUGCUUCUACAAAGGUAAGAACAUUUUGGUCGUGGCUGUAAUUGCUGUGGUGUGA